CACACACACACACACACACACACAGCAGACAGACAUGGACGGGGGUGAUGGUGGCGGCCGUGAAGGCAGCAGCCACAACAGCAGCAGCAACCACAACGGCAGCAGAGCAGCGACCCAAGGCGAGACCAGCGACGGUAGGAGGAGCUCUUCGACCACCACAAGUGGUCGUGGGAGGUCAGGCACCUCGAAGAAGAGCAAGAAGACACCCAUCCCACCCGAGGACUACUCAACUUUCCUCAAGAGCUGCCGCCUUCUCACAAAGCAUUACGUGGGCCAGUACUUUCUCCAGUACCAGGAACAAGACAAGGCCAGCGGUAAAGAGCCUAACCCCAAGGAUGUUGCUUGUCGAGCAAUUGCCGCCGUCCAAGGCUUUGGUCUGCAAAAGUUGCAGAGCACCCGUCGAGGCGUUCGCCUGGAACACAUCACCAAACACAAAGGCCCAGAGUUGCAGCAGUUCAUGGUUGAGUGCUUCUCUCACCUCGCGAGCCUGGGGCACCUGUUUUUCGAGCCGUCGACAGCAGACUCGCCGCUGCGCUUGAACUGGCGGGAAAUGGGCGACUUUUACGCCCAGCAUGCUGAGGAGCUGAACACGAGUGCCAUGAAGACAGCGAUGAAGACUACGCUGGCACGGGCAAAGACGAUUCUGCAAUCGCACGACUGCGUCUCGCGAAACAAUCUGCGCGCCAUUGUCAACCUGCUGUUUCUGACGGUGCUUGGGAUGAGCGAGGAGCCGGAGAUUGUGGUGGCGAUGGGGCGGACGCUGCGCUAUGUCUUCUCUCCCUGCGCAAACGCAAUUGCACACGUGCUGGCCAUGUUGCCACGCGAGCUGUUUGCAGACAUGGUGCGGCGGGUGGAGGCAGCGCUUGCCAUCCAUGUGCUCAGCAUCCCAGAGCCCUCUGUCGACUACCACGGCGUGGUGAUCCACCCAAUGUACAAGGACAGGACGACCAAGUGCUACCUGCAGCUGCUUGACAUGCUGUUCAUCUCAAACCUGCGCCGGCGGCCCGUGACCAUCAUCCAGGGUGUUGACUUUGCCGGCGCGGGCGAGGUGGAGGUGGGCGCGAGCACACCUGCUGGCGGUGAUGAGGGCGAAGGGCAGGGCGCAACGAAGAUGGUGGAGGAUGUGCAGGUGGAGGGCGACAAGCAGAGCGGGCACGACAUGGACACGGCCAAGGACGAAGAGGCAUCCACACAUGCAGCAACCGGCACAGCAAGCAGUACUGACACGGCGCAAUCAGCAACAGCCGCAUCAGAAGCAGCGACAGCGACUUCGGGGGAUGGCAUGGACACGAGUGCAGACACAGACAACGGUGAGCCGGGGCUGGCCAACGCGGCAUCACAACGUGGCGAUGGUCGUGGCGGUCGCCGUCAUGCUGGCGACGAUGACGACGAUGAAGGCGAUGGCGAAUGCAACGGCGAUGGUGGUGGUGGCGGCGGUGAUAAUGACGAGGAGGACGAGGAGGCGUGCGUUGGGGGCACGGAUGCAGGACAAAGCGGUGGUUAUGGCGAUGGUGAUGGCGAUGACGACAGCAGCGAUACCGGCGGGCCAACCAGUGUUGGCAGCGACGAGACGGAUGAGAGCAUGGAUGGUGUGGCAGCGCUGCGACGCACCUCCGAACGCGAGCAGGAGGACAUGUUUGACUUCAACUUUGACCCGCGCCUGCUUGUGAGCCGCAAGGUUGACGAACCGAUCAAGAACGCUGGGGAGCGCAUUCCGCUAGAAGAUUUUGUCAACGAGGCCAUCAGUGAGGAGAUGGACUACCUGCUUGAUGUCGUCGUGCUGCUCCAGACACAAGUCUACACCAACCUCGGGCCCGUCCCCUCUCCGCGCCUCUCCUUCUCCCGCAGUGCGCCGUAUGUCCUGAGCGUGGAUGCAAAAGCGCAACUCUUCUCGCAGGAGACCACGAUGCUGCAGAACAGGGCCGCACGCGCCAUCUUCGGGGCAGGCAUGUUCCGCCAAUCCCUCAACAUCUCUGUGCACAGGGACACGCUUGUGCGAGACACGAUCACGCAGUUGUCGAGUCUUCAAAUCUCCGACCCGGACGCCCUCAAGCGCCCGCUGCGCAUCAAAUUCCGUGGCGAGCAGGGUCUGGACGAGGGCGGGCUGAAGAAGGAGUUUUUCCAGCUGCUGAUCCGAGAGCUGUUUGACCCGAAGUAUGGCAUGUUCGUGUACCACGAGGAGACGCGCUUCUUCUACUUCAGCACAAGCUCGCUCGAGGCGCCGGACGAGUACCGGCUGCUGGGGAUGCUGCUUGGUCUCGCCAUGUACAACCGCGUCAUUCUGGACGUCCACUUUCCCUUUGUCGUCUACAAGAAGCUUCGCGGAGAGGCUGUUGGGCUUGAGGAUCUUGCGGAGUUCAACCCGGAGCUUGCGCGCGGGCUGAAGCAGCUGCUGGACUAUCCCGGUGAUGAUGUGGAGGACGUCUUCUGCAGAACCUUCUCCGUCGAGUCUGAAGUGUUUGGUGCACGACAAGAACACGAGCUCAAACCCGGCGGCAAAGACAUUCCCCUCACAUCAAGCAACAAGGAGGAAUAUGUGCGGCUGUAUGUGGACUGGAUCCUGAACAAGAGCAUUGAGCGGCAGUUCUCGGCCUUUCGCAACGGGUUCACGUCGGUGGUGUCCGGCUCCAAGAUCAUCAAGCUGCUGACGACCAAAGACCUGCAGCAGAUUAUCUGUGGCGAGGAGCACCUCGACUUUGAUGAGCUGGAGCGCGUGGCGUCGUACGACCACGGCUACCAGCGGGACUCCACCAUCGUCAAGUGGUUUUGGGAGAUUGUCAAGCAGUUUUCAGACGAGGACAAGAAGAAGCUGCUGUUCUUCACCACGGGUUCCGAUCGCGUCCCCGUUGGCGGGCUCUCCAAGAUGGCCUUUGUCAUCUGCAAGCAGGGUGCUGAUUCGGACCAGCUGCCGACGUCGCACACGUGCUUCAACACGUUGAUGCUUCCCGAGUAUCCAACGAAAGAGAAGCUUGAGCAGCUCUUGCGUAAGGCCAUCAGCCACGCAGAAGGGUUUGGCAUGCUGUGAUGUGAUGGGAUGAAAUUCCGAGACCUCACGCACACGUGGCAGUCUGAGGACGUGACAGGACAACCUUUCCGAAUGUAAUGCAAGCUGCACUGUACGCUGUCUGUCUGUUUGGCUGGGCUUGGUCUUUGUGUGUCUUUUCGUUUGUUUUGCAGACAUUUUACACGCUCGGUCUGCUUGUUUGCUUGCUCGUUUGCUUGCUUGUCUUGUUGUAGUCUUUUCUUUCGUGGUGGUUGAUGAGGGAGGCUUCACAACAGGGCCGUGGGUCCGUUAGUGCUUCCGCUGUGCUGUGAUGUGAUGUGUUGUGAUAGCGCCAUGUUUGUGACUCCUGUCCCUGGUCUGUCUCGGUUCGUUGGUCCUUUGUUCGUUUGGUCAACCACCUGCAGUAGUAAACGGCAAUACACAGCA